AGUUGACGCUAUGUCUUGUGAAAAUCGCAGGGUGUUUAUUGUUAUAGUAUUUAUUUCUAUAAUUUUACACAACACCUCGUGCAUUCAGGGAAGAAGCAUAGAACUUAGUGAUACCGAGUUGAAUUUCACUCAACUCGCCGGCAAAUAUGGAUACCACGCGGAGGAGCAUACAGUGACGACAGAAGACGGAUAUAUACUGAAGAUCUUCAGGAUGAGAGCGAGACAGUGCGAGGGAGAGAGACCACCGGUGCUGGUGACCCAUGGACUUCUGAUAAGCGCUGACGUUUUCCUGGACGCAGGACCGGACACUGGACUAGCGUAUCUCUUAGCCGAUGCUUGCAAUGAUCUCUGGUUCGGGAAUUCCCGUGGAAACACCUACUCUCGAGGACACAUCACUCUUGAUCCAGACAAAGAUUCAGAAUAUUGGAACUUCUCCUUUGACCAAAUGGGAUAUUACGACAAUCCAGCCACAAUAGACUAUAUUUUGAAUGUAACUGGUUUCGAAAAACUAGGCUAUAUCGGCUAUUCACAAGGUUCUUCGAUAGGUUUUAUAAUGUGCUCCGAAAGACCUGGUUAUUGCGAUAAAUUCAAUGUUUUUAUAAACUUAGCACCUUCUUCACGUCAUUUGAACUCAAAAUCACCCUUUUCGAGAGCCAUGUCUCUCUUUUUUAUGAAAGCUGAACCGUUAUUAGACAGAUUAGGAAUCCGUGAAGUGCUUGCAAAGCCUACAUCGGCUAGUACAGCUAAAUUUACCAACAUGUUUUGCCAUUCAGCAAUCGGAGAAGCUACAACUAGAUCUAUUUUCGCUGUUUUAGAUAAUUAUCAUGGAAAAUCUGUGUCUAGUUUAACAAUAAGAACAACGUGUGCUCGUGCUCAAGCGGGUACAUCUUUACACAAUUUAGCGCAUUACGGUCAAGCGAUGACUAGUAAGGAUUUCCAGAAGUUUGACUAUGGUGUUGAGAAUAUGAAGAUUUACGGGAGUGAAGGUCCACCAAGUUACAAUAUAGCGGCCACAACUGUCCCAGUAGUGUUGAUAUAUGGUGAAAAUGAUGGCAUGGCAGACCCGUCAGAUGUUAGGUGGCUGGCGUCACAGCUGCCGAAUGUGGUCGAAUCUUAUCUGGUGCCAAAUCCAAAGUGGAAUCAUUUAGACUUCGUAUACAGUCAAUAUAUUCCAGAUCUAAUAUUUCCUAAAAUACAAGAGUAUUUACUUAAAUAUAACAUGUGAUUUUCAUAUGUGUGAUUGUUUUUUUGGACGUACAUUGCUAUGUUCAUCUUGCAUUGUCUGGAGAAGUAGGAGAAGUUUGUAUAAGUAUGACACUUGUAGGAUGUGAAUUAUGAUUACCACCUGAUUUAAAUCAUCAAUACUAAUCAUCAAGAGAAUACAAACACUAACGCGUAUUCAUUGGCAGAGAACAUAAAAAGUUUAGACUGGAUUUUUUUCAAAAUACAUCUUUUCAUAAUAAUAAUCCUCAUUUUUAUUAUCUCAUUGUAUAGAUUCGUCCAAGGGGAGCAACGUUUGCGUGGAACAUUGUUUCAGUAGUUCAGGAGUCAUUCCUUAAUCACAUUUUCGCGCAUGUGUCUUUCGCGCAAGUGUCCUGAUACGACAAGAAAGCUAUCAUUUGUCACAUGGAAGUGAAUAAAACAAACACAAAUAAAAUAGACAAAGCCAAACACUACAAUGGCCAAUAUAUAACCACCUAAUUCAGAGGCGAAACCACGCUCAACAACUAGCGGAAAAUAAAUAACUUCACAAGCCCCUAUUGCUGU